ACCUUCUUCUUCUGCUUCCUUGGAUCGAUUGUGUUCUCUUUAGACUGAAAGAAAGAGAGUGAAAGAGAGGGAAAUUCCCAGAUGCCCUUCAAAUGGGGAAGGGUGAAGCAAAUCUGGACCAGCAGCAGCCGAGUCAUGAGGGUCAGAGUGCUUCGGGACUCAUCUAUCCUGGAUGUUCGAUGGUUUUCAACCGAAUCGCCAAGGGCUUGAGCUUUAGAUGCGUCUUCGUUUUAGUUCUCAGUUUAUCGGUUUUUCUCUCUGGGAUCUUCUGGAUCCUUCCUCACCGCGCUACCAACUCGGGGUUUGAUGCCACACAGGCAAUUAAGCUCAGUGCCACAGUUCAGGCAUACUUCAGACUGGAAAAGCCAGUUAUGGACCUUGUUCCACACAUUGGAAGAUUAGAAUAUGAUAUCAAUGGGGAAAUUGGUGUCCCAGGUACAAAGGUGGCUAUCUUGUCUAUGCACCAAUUUCCUGCACAUAAUUGGACUGAUGUGGUGUUUGGUUUUCUUUCUGAUCCAAUAAAUGUUCCAAUAUUUCCUGUGUCCUUAAGUGUGCUGAGGUCAUCCUUAGUUGAGCUUUUCCUUAAGCAAUCCAAUCUUACACUGACAACAUCAAUUUUCGGGCAGCCAUCUACAUUGGAGAUUCUGAAGUAUCCGGGGGGAAUCACUGUGAUUCCUGGUCAACCUGCUUCAAUCUGGCAGCUACCCGAGAUUUUAUUUAAUUUUACUCUCAAUAAUUGUAUAGAUGAUAUAGUGGAAAAUUUUGGCGAGUUAAAGGAGCAGUUGAAGUUUGGAUUGUAUCUGAGGCCUUAUGAGAAUGUAUAUUUGCAAAUAACAAACACCAUGGGUUCAACAACAGCAGCCCCAGUUGUAGUUCAAGCUUCCCUAAUGUCUGAGUUUGGAGGCUUUGGGCCCCAGAGAUUAAGGCAGUUGGCUCAAAUAAUCACGGGUUCUCCCACAAAAAAUCUUGGCCUGGAUAACUCAGUGUUUGGUAAAGUUAAAAGUAUCAGUUUAUCUUCUUAUCUGAAAGGUACACUCUCUGCAACCCCUCCAACUGUUUCUCCAGCUCCAACUUCAGAGCCAUCAAUUUCUCCAUAUCCUGCUUCUCCAGUUUACGCUCCAGCACCCUCACCUGACAUUCAUCAUCUCUCAUCAGCACCUGCACAUCCUCAUCCAUGUCCCCACCAAGGUUCUAGAAUUCCUCCAUCCUCCUCACCAACUUCUCGCUCUUACCCUACUGUUCCUCCUACAUAUCCUCCUAGAAUUCCGCCAUCCUCCUCACCACCUUCAUCUCAACUGUCCCCACAUGUUUCACCUGCUCCUGUAGUGUCUUAUGCUCCCAGUCCAGAAGACAAGGGAAUUGCACAAGACUUGAUGUCUCCAUCACCUGGCCCAUCCCUGUCGUCUUUAGCGGUAGGACCUUUGUACAAGGACAUCCGGUUAUUGCAACUUUCAGGAGUCUUCAUCUUUCUUAUCGUUUGCUGGUCACGGUGAUCGUUCUUCCCUUUAAGAAAAUUUGCAAGGCGUACGCCGCAUCCCAAUGGU